AUGACAACCGCUCUCGCCGCAUAUCGCCACCUGCUGCGCGCAGCCGGAGUUGCCUUCAGGGGCGAUGAACGAGUCCUUACCGCGGCGAGGCAGCAAAUAGCCGGCCAGUUCCGUCAAAACGCAUCUCUUCCGUCAGACGAACGCGAAAAGGCUGUCAAGAAAGCCGAAGAGGUUGCUUCGUUCUUGAAACAAAACGUGGUCCAAGGCAGGAAGACUGAUGAUGGAUCGUACAAGCUACAGAUCCACGACGAGACGGAACGCGGAGAUAACGACACUAUAAGGCUGGGAAAUAAGAACAUCAAGAUUGACGGCAAGACGUGCAAGGACACCUAA